CGCCCCGUCAUGUGAGGGGCGGCGCGGAGAUGGCGGAGGGUGCCGGCAGUGAGCGGGCUGGAGCCGAGCUGCCGGACGCCGGCCCCGGCGCGGACAGCGGGAAUGUGUCCCAGAGCCAGAGCAGAGCCUCCGGCCUCGGGGAGGCGGAGGACGAGGACGCCUCGGAGGCGUCGCUCAGCGCCACCGCCGCCGCCUACUCGGCGUGCCUGCUCGCCGACCGCAGCCUCUUCAGCGAGCAGAUAGAAAGCUUAGACAAGAGUCUGGAAGACCUACUGACCAGGGUGGAUGAAUUCGUGGGAAUGCUGGAUAUGAUUCGAAGUGAUUCCUCUCAAGUUGUCAAUGAAAGUAUACCUCAAAUUUACACAAAAGCUACAGAAAUGAGGCAGAUAUAUAGGAAGAUUGACAAACUAGAGGCUUUUGUGAAAAUGAUUGGGAAUAGCGUAGCUCGACUGGAAGAACGGGUCACAAAGGCAGAAACAGACCUUGGGGCUUUUCCGAGCACGUUCAAGAAAAUCUUGCACACAAUCAGCAUGCCAUCCUUCCUUAAUAAAUCGUCUUCCUCACGACAGCAGCAGACCCUCUAUGAACCUCCAGUCCUCUUCAAGACAGAAGACUAUUUUCCGUGUCUUAAUGAAGCACCUUAUUGAUGGUUUUGCUUUGGUAUUGAUAUGAAUCAGCCAGAAUAGAGCCAGGUGAACGAAAGGAAUACCAACCUCAGAACAGCUGCAUUUUCUAAGCACUACUGAUGGCAUAUUGCCAUUCUGAUUCUCAUUGUCUUCCUUGAGGCAAUAUUUUCAGGUAAUCUUUGUGCACGUUAUUUCAAAAGCCUUCCUAAAACACCAUGUAAGUUUUCAGAUUACUUUGGGGAAGAAAUUUAAGAAUAUUUUUGCAUUACAUUUCUUUUUAAUAUGGAAAUAAUAGGAAACAUACUAUUGUAUAUAAGUUUUUUAACACGUAAAUAUCUGUGCUGCUGCAUGUGUAAAUAGUUCUACUACAAGGAUGGGAGUUUAUCUGUCCUUUUUCAUAAUGUGCUGAUUGAGGUGAAAGAAAAACUAUGCAUAAGGUUUCACAUCUAUUCCAAGGUUUUAAGCCUGGUCCCUGCAGUUUGUACAGAGCAAUGCACCACAUUGGAAUGUACUUGUUGCAAGGGCAGGACGUGGAAGGUCAUCCAGGAAUCAAGGACAUGGCUCAAUCCAUGAGAUUUAGUCCCAGUUCACAAAGCAAACAUCCUGCCCCACUGAUGAUUCUCAGGUCAGAGUGACCCAAGCUUUUAAUUAUUGCAUCAUUGUAUUGUUUGAUGUGUAACCAGGUGGGCAUGAAAUAGAUUUAUGUUUAUAGAGAGAGACAUAGAUGUAUAAAACCUUCUGUCAAAAAGAACAAGUAUCUAAGUUGAGGGAGGUAUGGCCCUGGACUGAACCUCCAUCAGGUACAUGAGCAGAUUGCUUUUCCUUCACAACUCUCUGUGGAUACUGAGGCUUCCCAUACUGAUUGCAAUUUAUAUUAUCAAUAAACUAACAGCUGGCUAA